UGACUCUCACAAGUUCUUACGCAGCUACUACACAAGAAGAGGGUUUCUGAUCUAGCAAAAAAAAAAAAGAGUGUUUCUCAGUGUGUGGGAGAGUGCACGACUGUGUUUAGAUAGAUGGGUGAAGAAUUGAAGCUUUUGGGUGUGCGAAUCAGCCCAUUUAGCUGGCGAGUCGAGGUAGCUCUGAAGAUCAAAGGGGUCGGAUAUGAGUACUUGGUGGAGGAGGACGUACUCCACAACAAGAGCGCUUUGCUUCUCAAGUACAACCCCGUGCACAAGAAGAUACCCGUGCUCGUCCACAACGGCAAGCCCAUCGCGGAGUCUCAGGUGAUUCUCGAGUACAUCGACGAGACAUGGAAGGACAACCCGAUCUUGCCGCGAGAUCCGUACGAGAGAGCGAUGGCCCGUUUCUGGGCUAAGUUCUUGGAUGAAAAGUGCAUCCCAGCUCUCUGGAAAUCCAGCAUGAGCGUAGGGCCCGACAGGGAAAAGGCACAUGAGGAAGCACGUGAGCUCUUGAGCACUCUCGAAGGCGAGCUCAAGGGCAAGAAGUUCUUCGGAGGCGAGACCGUCGGGUUCGUCGACAUCGUGGCCAACUUCGUCGGGUAUUGGGUCGGAGCCAUCCAAGAAGCGGUCGGGGUCGACGUCCUGACCGAGGACGAGUUCCCCGUGCUGUGCAAGUGGGCCGAAGAGUUUCAGAACUGCCCGGUCAUCAAGGAGGCUCUGCCUCCAAGGGACAUGCUCUUGGCCUUCUUCAAGGCUCACCACGAGAAGAUAACUAGCUUUUACAAAAAUAAAGUGUGAGGUUUUGGGUCAUGCUUGGGUCGUAGUUUUAUUGGGUUCCUGUGUUUGUGUUCUGGCUUUUUGGUCGUAAUAAAGCUGAUUCUAGUGGUACGUUAGGACUCUAUGGCAUCUUGGUAGUGAUGAUCAGUAAUAACGAAAAAGUCAUGGUAUAAUUAAGCAUCGUUUUGCUGUGAUUUUGUGGUGUUCCACAUGCUAUAUGUAUGUCCUCCUUCUGGAAUAAAUGAAAAUCCAAAUGCCUUUUUCCUUCU